CGUGCAAGCUUGGGCCAGGCCUUCCCCGGCCGCCUCCAACACCGCCCCCUUCCAGGGCGUCUGUUAAGCACAGUUCACAUGCAGUCCCUUACUCUUCGUUGUGAUCGUUCUUCCUGCCGGAACUCGCCAGCGGGCGUACCGGCAAGCGUAUCGGUCAUCAACGCCAACAAUGAUACGAGUAACGAACGCUCAUCUCCGUUCGAUAGAAAUUGACUCGUCGUACACCAGAGUACACUAAUAUCUGAUAUGAAAUUGUUCGUCACACCUAAUAAGUUCUAAAUAAUCAGCACAUUCAAUACACAUGAAUAUUACGCCCCACCUUCGGCGUGCAUAGAUAAGGUUCUCGGUUAAUCGAAACUUGGUUUGUCUACAGGAUAUUCCUAUUUUUCAUUUAGCGAGUCACAUGGUCUGAGCCUUGUACGCAGCCCUACCAUUACGAGUGUUUCCGCACCAAUGUAAGUCAAAAUACAUUAGCCUGUCCUCGUUGCAGUCCACCGACACGAAACAUCGUAAGUUCUGUUCAGCGGAGUGUUUCUUUAUCCGUGCCUUUUUCGUUUGGCAACGUUUAAGCCGAAUGUCUGAUUGAACCACUUUAGAUUCUGCAUAAACUUUUCACAUUACAGUACUAUAUCCAUAACGUUAUGUCGUUUGUUUAGAACAGACUUUGUGCUUCUCAUUGACACUAAAAUUGGACACGGUGACGCAACAGUGAGUAGCUACAGCACUCCGGAUUAGAGCUGACAAACUGGCCCGAUUUCUCCCGUCCUUCCUGAGCCACACUCAGACUCAGUCGUGAACAGUUUCCAACCGUUACGUGAACGUCUAACGUCUCUAUUCCACCGCUGAGAUUCUCAGUGUUAACGGUGAAAACAAAUAACUGCUAUGUCGCAGGGACCUCGACACUAGUAUCGUGUCGAACACCUUCCUUAAGCCGAGCCCAAAAUACAUAUACGCCUCAGCAGAUUGGCCGUUCUCGCUUGCCCAUAUGUUGUCUGCUAGCCCCGUCUUUUACGGCUUCUCUAAUAGUGUUGCCUGUUGUUGGCGCUCGGGGGUGCCGGUUCCAUCGAGUGACAACUGCCCCCGAUUAAUCAAAAGUCCGAUCAAGUAGCAACGGUCGCCGUAGCUUUUUUCCACAAAACUUAUAUUUCUCGUAAAUACCAUUCACUACAGCACUAAGAAAACUAGUGUAGUCAUUCGAUUUGCGCGUUGUACGAACUCGCUGUCUAUGUCGGGUUACUCCUCCAUUCUACCACAGCCACACGACAGGGCGGACGUUGGUACAUACGUAGAAACAAGGUAAGAAAAGCCUGUAUUAUGUAUUAUGCAUUAAUCAGACAGUAAACAAGAGACCAUCACUACCAGCAGCAGAGUAUUCAGUUUAGCAGCGCUUCAUCGCUCUCCACCGCCGUUUUUCUCUGUCGCAGCCUUGCUACUUAAUGACUACUAGUGUAACAACAGCAACACCUCGAUCUGUGGACAUUAUCUGUAUAUUGAAAGUCCCCGUGAUAGCGCACUCGAUUACGCGUUUGCCUGGUAAAGUGAAUGCACGUGAUGGUGUAGGUUCGAAUCCGGACUUAUGCACACUUUGUUUCGAACUGAUACCCAGUUGUUCUAGUAAUGCCUAACAGCUUAAAUACUGGACAUAAAACGCAAACAGUUUCUGUCAGUAUACGAGAAACAAAUGACCAGACCAGCUGAUCAGCGGUUAGACAGCGGCAUAGAAGUCGCCAUCUUGCAAUCGAAUACUGACGACGAAGAGCGGCUCUGGGGCGGCUGUUGCAGGAGAGGCUGAUGGAAUCAACUCGCCUCGACAAGUCGAUGUUGUUGAUUACCAUUGGCCGUUGCAACCCUUGCCACAAGUGAUAUCAGUGGUGGGGAAGGCUAUCCGUGACGCUGCGGCUGGCUGCAGUUGUCGCUAUCUGAAAUUGGCUGCAAGAGAAGCUAAAUCCGCUAGAGGUCGGAAAGCACAAGCUUUUCUUCAAUAUCAGCUGACAGCCGAAGCUGACGAAAAUUCAGCCAUCAUAAUAAAAAUAACGAGAGUAGCAGAAUACGAAUAAGAAAAGGUGGCUCUAACAGAAGUUAACAUGUAUAAAGUGGAGUCCGCUGUCUGGAUUAAUUCGUCGGCUUCGUUGGGACGACUGUGGCGACCGAACGAAUUAUGGACGAUCUAGCUCUGCAAUAGACAUAUGAAGUUAUUCUACUUAUCACUGGUAAUGUCAGGUAGUAAAAAAAACGUGAAAUAUAGUGGUCUUCUGCUAACUUCCGUUAGACACAUACUACUGCAUGGUUCAAUAAACUUCAGCUUUGUCACGAGAAUUACAAAGUCCUUUGCAUAACAUUUAGCUACAUUGAUUUGAGUAGUACUACAAAGAUCACAAAUCGAAUCUUUUUAGGAUAGUCACUGCUUGGUUAUCUAACAUAACAUAGCAGAGCUGUACGCCACUCGUCAUCACCGUCAUCUUUCAGCUUCCUGCUAUUUAAUGCAUAAAAAUCCAAACGAUACUACUUCCGUUGCAGAGUUCGUCGCGCUUGAAUAACGAAUGCGGCCGCAGUUUUGGCAAGCACCAGCCCAAGCUCUCAAUUUAUUGCUGCAGAAAAUAAAUAGUUACCAAAAGUAUUUUCUGGUGCCUGUUACUAUCUCCGGCAACAGUUUGACAGCAAUAUUAUUGAACAGAAAAAUGGCCGAAGCUAAAAGGUACGAGCACGCAGCCCGCGACUACCAAGUAGAGAUUCUUGAGAAGACGCUUGAGCAGAAUGUUAUCAUCUGCCUUGGCACCGGCUCCGGGAAGACCUUUAUAUCGGUAAUGCUUAUCAAGGAGCUUCUAUAUGAAACAUACUCAUGCUUUGAGGCAGGGGGGAAACGAAGCGUCUUUCUUGCACCAACCGUAUCAUUGGCGAAGCAACAAGUAAACUACUUGAAGAAAUUUCUAGACGCCGAAAUUGGCGUAUACGUUGGAUUAGAUGUAGACCUAUGGACAAAAGCCGUAUGGACAGUUGAAUUUUCGGCUCACAAUGUGCUCGUAAUGACUCCGCAGGUGUUUCUUAACAUUCUCAACUUCAACUAUGUCCAACUCUCCAGCGUCAACCUGCUGGUCCUAGAUGAGUGUCACGCCGCAAGUGGCAAGGCUCCCUAUGUCCAGAUCAUGCAGAACCAUUAUAAGGACCUUGAAGAGGGAAAGCGGCCUAAAAUACUUGGCUUGACGGCAUCAGUGCUUAAUCGCAAGGUCAAACCAACUAGCGUCCAGAAGGAAGUGCGCGAACUCUGCUCUCGUCUUAACUCAAAAAUAGUCACUUCAGUCGAUGCGAUCAGUUACGGUACAAAGCCAACUGAGAUCAUCGUAAGCUACAACGAAAUUCCACCUGUGCAAAUCCAGGUCCAUGUAUCUCCUUGUGAUGCUAGCGUUUUUUGUGCGCCUAACGGCGAGAACUCCUUGGUAGCACAAAUCGAGCGUUUACUCAGAGAAGUUGGACCGUUUGGUGCUUUAAAGUCUAUAGAGCAUCGAAUUCAUAUUACUAAAAAUUUACUCGAAAAUUCAUUAGCUGAGUCACACGUAAUCGGCACAUACAAAACUAUUUUAGUGAGUCUUGAGCGCGUAGAAGCUAGUUUGAAAGCGUGGUCAACAAACGUACGAUGCGGCUUUCAGAAGAAUCAAUACCCAGUGGUGAUUCCUCCCGAUCUGCGAAAUAUACUCGUUGAUCCAUUACAGUAUUCGUUCCCACCAAAGGUGCAUCGGCUUCUUGAAAUGUUCCGUUCAUUUGAAAGGAGUAACAUAACGCUAUGUUGUGUUGUCUUUGCCCAAGAGCGUUACACAGUGUUCAGCCUGUGGUGUGUGUUAUCAAUGCUAAGUCGACGCUGCCCGAACCGGUAUGGAUACAUUCGCCCAGGAUUUAUCAUGGGCCAGGGAAUUAUGUCACAAUUCAGCAAUACCCAGUCGAAGAUCAUGAACUUCGUUGAUGAACGCGAAACAACUGAUAGCGACCAGCACGUUCUUAAUGAUUUUCGAGAAAAACGACUUAAUGUUCUUGUUGCCACGGCGGUUAUUGAAGAAGGGAUCGAUAUCCCUUAUUGUAACCUUGUCGUCCGUUUCAAUGAGCCAAUAAAUCUGCGAAGCUACGUUCAGAGCCGAGGGAGGGCACGAAGUAGGCCGUCAGUUUAUGCCGUCAUGUGUCCAAGGAAUACGGUCCACAAGAUGUCAGUAGCUCUACAGCAAUUAAAGGAGUCUGAACUUAACGUAUUGGUGCUUUGCCUGCAAGAUAAUAUGGAUAUUGAUAGUGCCGACAUGGAAAAGGCACUUCGCGAUGACCCGGACCUGCCAACAUUGUUCGCCUUUCCAAACAAGCCACGUGAUUCAGCGAUCAUCACCGCGCAGUCGGCACGUACUAUCUUGCAAUGGUACUGUGAUCUGUUAAGCGAUGACCGUUUCAAAGUUUUAAAACCUAAAUUUCAAUAUACGACCAUCAAAAGUGAUGCUUAUGGCCACAAAAUACGGUGCAACAUCGAACUCCCCAGAGAGUCUAAACUUUUUGGCCAACAAAUAUAUGGAAAGUUUCUCGAAAAUAAGAUAAAGGCGAAAAUUUCUGCCGCGUUAGAAGCGUGCAAGCGACUGUAUGAUGUCGGUGAACUCACAGAAAACCUUAUACCGAAAAGGAGACCUCCGGCUAACACGUACGAGUGGACCGACGAAGAGGUCUCAGAUGAAAUCAAAGCUCUUUUCAAGAACAAUACGAUCACACAAGACUCUUCAAUCACCUGUGGCAGAGCCCAAGCCAGUCAGUUGAAGACUUGCCCAAUUCCAAGACUUCCGGCUUGUGCUAAAGUGUUUGCCUUUCGCAUCACUCUUCAUGAGCCAUUCGUCGAUGAGAAUUAUCAUGGAAGAAUAUUCAAUGUGGGAAAUGAGCCGUUAUGUUUUGGUAUUCUCACAUUUAACACUGAGGAUGUGGGAACAAUCCCUGAUUUCCCUUUGUUUACUAAAGCAGGCGUGGAAACAGUGCGCGUUGAACAGAUUCACGACGUAUUCAUCACAGAGGUACAGUGGAGUAUAUGCAGCUUAUUUCAUCGAUACAUGGUGACGCGUGUUCUCCGCAUUGCUGGGGUUGAGUGCGAUCCAUUUGCCGCCCCUGCUAUCGUUCCAAUUUCUGGUAACAAGUUGAAUUAUACAUUGAUGAAUAUGCUAAGGAACUCCACGGAUUUUACUUUAAGUAUCGAUUCUGUAGUUACCGUUACCAGUGAGCUAAAUGAACGAGAAACAAAAAGAUCCUACUUCGUGGGGGAACUUUUUCAAGAAGAUGGCAUGUUAACAGUAUCUCUGCUGGGUAUGCCUAGAAAUAUUGAUUACGUCGCAUGUCACCAUAGAGUUAAAACGAUGUACAAAGAGGAAACACCCGAUGCGAUUAAGCGAAGAUACGCCAAACACAGGAAUGAUAUUUGUGUUGAACUGCUGACUGCUUCACAGUGGUCCAAGGGACUUUCUGUAGCAUCAUGUCUGUAUCGGCUCAACCGACUAUUAGUUGCUGAAAAUAUCCGAAUGAACAUUGUACAUGCCGGAAUUGGGAAGGCGAUUCAGGAAGCAAGUUCUAUGAGAUACGAACGACUUUCAAACGAUUCACGAUCGUUUCGAUCAAAAGACAAUAUCAGAUUGGAUGGUAUCACCUUUAUUCUUGAUGAGCCUAUUGAUUCUUCGGGACCUUCUGCUAUCGACAUCUAUACAGCGCUUUCGCCACGGUCGGCAAAUGAUAUUGUUGACUCCGAACGGUAUGAGGUAAUUGGAGACUCGUAUCUUAAACUUGUGGUCACCCUAGACCUUUUCGGCAGGUUUGAUUCAAAAGAUGAAGGAUAUUUGACUCAACAACGAUGCCGCCUCGUGUCUAACAUGCAUCUCGUGACCCUUGCCGUACCACACAAAAUUCAAGAUGCAGUGGAAAGCCUGCAGUUCUGUGCCAGAGCGAACUUCUUGCCGCCGGGAUGUAAAACAGCUGACGGUCAUCAGGAUAUGAUCGUACAGAAAUACAAGAGCAAGAUUUGCGCAGAUUCCGUCGAAGCGUUAAUAGGUGUGUAUCUUGAAAAGUCUGGAGCUAACGGAGCACUAAAUUUUCUGAACUAUUUAGGUCUGAAGUUAGAUUGUAGAACAUCUGGCUCGUUCGUCUCGAGGUUUAAUCUUAGCUCUUGGACCGAACCUGAAGCUGAGCUUGUAUCUCGUUAUUUGCCGAGGUUCAAACGCCAAUUGUACGAAGUGCAAACAAUUUUAGACUAUCAAUUUUCGAAGCCAUUACUGCUAUUGGAAGCUAUCACCCACCAAUCCUAUACACGCAAUUGUUUGACGCGGUCCUAUGAGCGACUCGAAUUUCUAGGCGACGCCGUCGUCGAUUAUUUGGUGUCACGUUAUCUAUACUAUAAUUGCCCUCAGCUUAGCCCAGGCGAGUUGAGCAACUCCCGUGCAGCCCUCGUUUGCAACACUACGUUAGCUCGCGCCGUCACGAAUCACCAGCUGCAUAAGCACUUGCUCCAUCAGUCGCCUGUACUUCUCAGGCUGACUGAAUGCUAUUUGGCGGCGUUGGAGAAGGGCGUUUUGGACGAGGUACUCAUUUGUGAAGAUGAUUCGGACGACGUUAGCGCUGUCGAUGUGCCAAAACCUCUUGGAGAUCUGUUUGAAAGCCUAAUAGGCGCAGUUUUUCUCGACACUGCUAUGAAUUUUGAGCGGACAUGGAUUGUGUUUAGGAGACUAAUAGGGGAUGACGUUAUUCGAAAUUAUUUAACUGAUAUACCGCGGCAUCCUGUAACUAUGCUCAUGGAAAUGUACCCUAAUAUGGUCACAUAUGGCAAAAUCGAAAUUCUUGAAAACAAACGAGUUCGUCUUGAGAUGAGUGUCAUGAAUGAACGUUUCACCGUAACUGCACGCAACAAGAAAGUUGCCCGAAUUACACUAGCUAAGAAAGCGCUGCGCCACUUCGAUCAAGUGAAACAGUGCGGAAAAGAUUUUCUUGGGGCUAUGGAGAGAAUCGCGAAGGAACUACAACUCUGAGAAGUUUGUCGUCAACUGGACGUGCGUCGUACUUCUUGGUUUUAAAAACAAUAUAACGACGCGCGAUAAUCUCAGGUAUCGCACUGCACAGACAGCACUUCUAUUUUGACCUUUGACAAUAGUGUCGAUAUGAUAACCGACUUCGACCUAGUAAUCAAAUGUCUGCAGUUAAAUGGCUGCGCUACCAUGUGACUCGAUGCCACAGGCUAGCAUAUAAGCUGUAUUUACCCUAGGUUUAGACACACCAUCUCGAAAAAGUGUACUCACAGCGGCGUCACAGCUAUCGGAUGAUGUUUCUUGUAGCGUUAGAAUAUUUCAUUACGGAUAAUAUAAUUUAUUAGUAAUUAAUAAUUUGCUGUUAUAUUUACAGUUUACUAUCUAUUAAAUAAGGCGAAGUUCUGUGUCGUAUGGUAAAGUUAAAAAACGUUUAAAACGUUAAAAAAAAGUUAAAAAAGCCAUUUUUUUAUGUAUAUGCCAUUAUAUAAAUGUUAAUUUUAUUUUUUAAUUUUUGUCGUUAACAGUAUUAUACACAUUAUAUCUAGCUUUAAUGAACAGUGAAAUAAAGUACUAUAGUUUUUACGAAACAUCAAAGUUUGUACACAACUCAUACUGCACAAUUCGUACGAACCUAAGAUAGUCAUUGUUCUUUGAUGCAUCCUUUUUAUGAGAAAUUACAGAUCUGUUAUGAUGCGUAUAGCAGCUGUUUCACUGAUAUCUUAUUUAAGUGUUUUUCCCUAUGCAGAUUUUUUUUAUUAGAAAGGUCUCCAAUAAAUGUUUGUUUCUUAUCAUGUGCCAGUGCUGCUAAGCACACAUUCCAUGAAAUCAAGAAUAGCUGAUAUUCUGAAAUAGAAGGAACCACUGCUACUGAGUGGAGACGCACUGAUAUCAUCUCCUAAAAGCAUAUGCGAAAAUUUUAAGAUAACUACAACGAUUUUUAUUAGAUCAGCGCUACAUUUUAUACGACUUGUAUAGAAAAUAACUCUUUAAAUUUGAAACUGAAUUUAUCGCUUCCAACGCUUAGCACUGUGUCAGGUUCUUCAUUCCAAUAAAUUUUUGAUGUUGGACUUUGAGCAUAAUGUUUCAGCCAUACCAGUAACAACUAUAUAAAAAGCAUCGAAUUCGUUUGUACUAAUCGUUAUCGCACACAAAUGGAUGAUGUCGUAAAGCAUGAAAAUGUUCAACGGGAAGUGUGUCAAUAGAUGUG